AUGGCUGUUCAAGAUGCUCUUAAGACUUUAAAAGCAACCCCUGCUGAGCAGGUUGAGAGUUAUCAGUUGAGCAGGGAGCUGCGCGGAUUCCAACCAGACCGCGGUCCGGUCUGGAAAUGUUCCGAACCGACGGUUCCGAACCGACGGUCCCCCGUGGCGCACACUAGCCAUCAGUCUUUCAGACGUUCUAAACUAUGUUUCGAACUACGCCUGUCCUCGCCUUUCCACUCAAGGCCAUUAGGUGGUUCGCAGAGAAUCUACAAAAAGAAUCCUGAGGCACGGCUAGAAGCUGAGAGAGCUAUCAAGGUCUUCUACGAUGAAAACAAGGACAACCUUGAGCGUCAUGGCGUCACUGAUGCUUUGGUCAAGGCCGCCAAGCACAAUGAUCCUCGCAACCCCGAUCCGAAAGGAGAUCACUGGACGGUGGAGCUAUCAAAAGAGACUGGAGAGUUCGUUACAAAGAGACAUGUCUACCCUGUGAAAUAA